AUGAAUCCGGAUACAAAUUAUAUUCGUUUAAGGGGGUUACCUUUUGCGGCAAAGGAAUCUGAUGUUAGGAAUUUUUUGCAAGGUCCAGGAGCUGUUCUGAUUAUUUUGAGGAUCAAUGCGAAAUCGAUAACUUUCACUUUAACUUCAAACGGCAGGGCAAGUGGUGAAUGUUAUGUCGAGCUGGACGAUUUGGCUGCUGUUCGAGAAGCCAGAAAGUUAGACCGAAAAGAAAUUAGCGGUCGGUACAUUGAAGUAUUUACCGUUUCGGAAGGUGAAUUGGCUAUGAUGAUUAGGCAUGGUGUCCUAAAAAGAAACGGUGGUGAGCCAGAUAGUCGGUUUGUGAGUAACUAUGUGGUACGUCUACGAGGGCUUCCGUACAGUGCAAAUGUGGAGGACGUUAAAGAAUUUUUCAAAGGCUUGGAUGUAGCGGACGUGGUUAUCGACAAGGAAUCGGGGGGUCGCCCUUCAGGGGAGGCAUUCGUGCGGUUGGCAAGCAAACAGCACGCGGAACUGGCUCUCGAAAGGAGCAAAAACCACAUGGGCUCGAGGUAUGGGUCUGUGCAUUCCACCUUUCUUAGAUAUGUCGAGGUUUUUCGGAGUUCCGGUGAAGAAAUGGAAAACAGCGCUGCAUUAUCCCGAGGUGGUAUUCCAUUGAUGCGCGGACCUGUCCCUCUUCGAGGUUUGGGUCUGGGAUCUGGUCGUUUUGGAAGGAGUCAUCUCUCAGAAAGCCGUUAUGGAGGUCCAAUCAGGGGUCCUUUAGGCCCUCCUAGGCCUUCUCCUUAUGACAGGCAUUAUCAUGAAAAGGAUAGGUAUAUGCGUUAUGACCCACUUUAUGAUGAUCUCGAAUAUGAUGCAGCAGCUAAAGUAUUUAUGAGAGGUUUACCUUAUAAUGUAACUGCAUUGGAUAUCGAAGAAUUUUUCAAACCUUUAAAUUGUAUGGAAAUUAAAUUGGGUUACAAUGAUGAGGGUCGUUUAUCUGGUGACGGUAUUGUUUUGUUUUCCACAAUGGCUGAAGCUCACGAUGCACUUUCUAGGAAUAAAAAAAACAUAGGAACCAGAUACAUCGAGCUAUUUCCUGGUACAAACAUACCUUGCCCACUGAAAUUUACUACUUUUCGAACUAUUGGAGGCUAUUCCGCUAUGAGAGGCCCCUUAAGCAGCGGAUAUGGCAGAUACAGUAAUUUUGCCGAUGGUUCGUAA